AUGAUGGAGAAAUAUGGGCAGGAAAAUCCAAGAAAAGUUAAACUUGUUAAUGGUGUAAAGGUUAUUUGUUCUGAAGAGUUUUUGCUUGGGAAAAGAAGUGAUGGAACUCGUGUUUACCUUGGACUCGGAAAAGAUGGUUAUGGAAAAGCAGUAAAACGAUUGCUUCGAGAUAACUGUUCGGAGUUAGCAGAACGAGAAAAAGAUAUUUUGAAUGAGUUGAAUGCCAAGCGCUCAAAUUAUGUUGUGAAUUAUUGGUAUCUUGAAGAAGAACCAGGCACAGAUUAUUUGUAUUUGAUAUUGGAUUUGUGUGAAGAAUCGUUAGAGAGUUACGUGAAAUCUUCUUGUUUGCAAGAUCUUCAAAAAGUCGUUCCUAAAGAUCUUAUUCAGACCUUGAAUGGUCUAGUUUACCUCCACAGUGGUCCGUGUUCUAUUCUUCAUCGGGAUUUAAGACCAUCAAACGUUCUUCGAGAUCAUACAAAGAGGAGAGGAGCUAAAGGUUGGAUAGCUCCAGAGUCAUAUGACGCAUCAGAUGAAUCAAUUGAUAAAGUUCGUUACAAAAAAGAGUCUGAUGUUAUGGGGAAACAUCCUUUUGGAAUUGAACGGCAUAGACUGGACAACAUUUUGAAAGGAAAUCCAGAUGGCUUGAACGAAAUCAAGGAUGCCACGUUUAAAGACCUUUUAUCGUGGAUGCUACAGCUAAAACCUGAAGACAGACCAUCGGCCAAAAAGGCGUUAAAACACCCUUAUCUACAAACCGAUAAAGAGAAUUUUGAUUUGCUGUGUGAUGUUGGGAAUGAACCAGAAAUAAAGACAUCAUCUCCACAUUCUCUUCCCUCAAAUCUUCGUGAGCAGUUGAAUCUUUCAAUAGAUUGGAUGGACCGUAUCGAUCCUGAAUUCUUUAAUCAUUUCAAUAAAGUAUCCGACUCUACAUGGUUAGGUUGCCUAAGAUUUUUACGAAACGUUCGCCAGCAUUGGCAUGAUAAAUCUCGUCCACAACUGUCAUCAUGUGUUAAAGAUGGAAACUAUCAAGAGUAUUUUCUUCAACUUUUUGAGGAACUGCCUUAUCUAGUUAACAGAGCCAUAAGAUUGAGUGACUGA